GACACACUUUACCUUGACAAACUCUUCUUCAUAUUCGUAGAACUCUCUAGAGCCAAGUCCAAUUCCCUGCCCUAAAAAUCUCCAUAAAUACCCCCCAAUUUCUUUCUGAUUCUUGCGCAGAAGUUAGAAUCACUUACAUUUCGUUCGAUUCAUUGUUAUUUAGCUCUCUCGAAUUACCAAAUCUUCCUCAAGUGCGACUUUAAACACUGAAGGGUGCCAAUGGAUGAUGAUUUUGAGUUCCCAGCUGCAAACAACGACGCAGAAAUGGCAAUGGAUGAUGAUGACAUGGAUCCCCCAGUGGGCAAUUCAAUUUUGAAAGUUGGAGAAGAAAAGGAUAUUGGAAAUGGCUUGAAAAAGAAGCUGCUUAAGGAAGGUGAUGGCUGGGAGAAACCCAGUUCUGGCGAUGAAGUUGAAGUUCAUUACGUGGGUACUUUGCUAGAUGGGACACAGUUUGAUUCUAGCCGUGAUCGAGGCACUCCAUUCAAAUUUAAGCUAGGCCAAGGUCAAGUAAUCAAAGGAUGGGAUGAAGGAAUCAAGACUAUGAAGAAAGGUGAAAAGGCUCUUUUCACUAUUCCUCCAGAACUGGCUUAUGGGGAGUCUGGAUCGCCUCCAACAAUACCUUCCAACGCAACGCUUCAGUUCGAAGUUGAAUUGCUCUCUUGGACCAGUGUAAAAGAUAUAUGCAAAGAUGGUGGAAUAUUGAAGAAAGUACUUACAGAAGGAGAGGGAUGGCAGAAUCCUAAAGAUCUUGAUGAAGUAAUUGUCAAAUAUGAGGCUCGACUCGAAGAUGGAACCGUUGUUUCGAAAUCAGAUGGUGUCGAGUUCAUAGUGAAUGAUGGUUAUUUCUGUCCUGCCCUUCCCAAAGCUGUUAAGACAAUGAAAAAGGGAGAAAAGGCCUUCUUGACUGUAAAACCUCAAUAUGGUUUUGGAGAGAAGGGCAGGGAGGCCACUGGUGAUGAAUGUGAUGUGCCACCAAAUGCUACCAUUCAUAUAAAUUUGGAAUUGGUCUCAUGGAAAACAGUUUCAGAGAUUACGAGUGACAAAAAGGUUCUGAAAAAGAUACUUAAGGAAGGAGAGGGUUACGAGAAACCCAAUGAUGGUGCGAUUGUGCAAGUGAAAUUGAUCGGGAAGCUGCAAGAUGGAACUGUUUUUGUGAAAAAGGGAUAUGACGAGGAGCCACCUUUUGAAUUUAGAGUAGAUGAAGAACAAGUUAUUGAGGGUCUUGAUAGAGCUGUGAAGACUAUGAAGAAAGGGGAAAUUGCACUUGUAACUGUUCAGCCAGAGUAUGCAUUUGGUCCAUCUGAAUCUCCACAAGAACUGGCUGUCAUUCCUGGAAAUUCUACCGUGUCUUAUGAAGUUGAGAUGGUCUCCUUUGUGAAGGAGAAGGAAUCUUGGGAUAUGAGUACGCCAGAGAAGAUUGAAGUUGCUGGGAAGAAGAAGGAUGAAGGGAACGCAUUGUUCAAGACAGGAAAGUAUGAAAGAGCCUCGAAGAGAUACGAGAAGGCUGUCAAACUUAUCGAAUAUGAUUCCUCUUUUGGUGAGGAUGAGAAGCAACAGGCAAAGUUGCUCAAGGUCACCUGCAAUCUGAAUAAUGCAGCUUGCAAACUAAAACUCAAGGAUUACAAAGAGGCAGUGAAGCUUUGCACUAAAGUUUUGGAAAUUGAAAGUCAAAAUGUUAAAGCUCUUUAUAGAAGGGCACAAGCAUAUAUUCAUCUAGUUGACUUGGAUUUAGCAGAACUGGAUAUCAAGAAGGCACUUGAAAUUGAUCCGGAUAACAGAGAUGUGAAAUUGGAAUACAAAGUUUUGAAGGAGAAAGUGAAGGAAUACAACAGGAAAGAUGCCCAGUUUUAUGGAAACAUUUUUACAAAAAUGCUGGGGCAACCCAAGUCUGAGGGUGCAGCUGCGAAGAACAAGACAGGUCCAAUGACAGUAGACAGUAAGGCAUAAGCCGGCGAGUUCCCUUCCACCACUUCGACAGCAGCGGAUGAGGAUUUCAUAACGCUGAUCUUCUUUCCCUUUUGUGUUAGUAGCUGGAAGAGUGUGUGUGUGGUGUGUGUAGAGUUCGCUGUCGAUGAGUGUGUCAUGUGUCAUGCUACACGAGUUGUACUAAGAAAUUGGAAAAUCAUCCAUAGAAGCUGCUCAUUUUCUUAAAAUGUCCUCCGUUUUCAAACUUACUGACCCUCUGAACUCUUUAACACAAUAAUUGCAAUA